GCCCUGUCGGUGGGCAUGGCAUGGGCUUCUUUCUUCCAUCCACACCUCUCUAUCACACACAACUCUCGCUUUCUCUCUCUAUCUAUAGCUCAAAUCAUCCUCCUUCCCCACUAUGGAGUAGACUCCUUCAAACCCCUCCACCCAUCCUCCCUCCUCCUAGCAGCUGCUUUCUCUCUCCUGUCACCCCCACUUCGCCCUUGCUCCCUCCACUCUCUUUCAUACUGCUUGGCCUUGUUUUCUUUUGAGAUGCAUACAUGGAUGGAUGGAUAGAUAAGAUGGCUGGAUGGGUAGCUUAGCUCUCUCUCAAGGAAACAUUCCCCACUUUAUGGAUGCCGUAUUGUUACUUUGCCAUUGAUAUUUGUCAUUAGACAUCACUAACCAACUACUGUACCACCCAUGUAUGCAUGUAUGCUUCCUUUGUUUGUUAGCUUAAGCUAAGCUAAAGAGAGCCAAGAGAGCGAGAGCGAGCUCCCCUCCUUGCCUCUUUCCCCCUUGAGGCCAACACCCUCCUCCUCCUACCACAAACCUAGCUAGAACUAUAAGAUACUCCAAGUUACACAGCCCCACCACAGCCCUCUCCCCACCCUUUCUUCCUCCUCCAAGGAAAAUAACAAGGAAGGGAUCAUCAUCCUCAUAAAUAGCUCCAGUAAAACCACGCAUAAGCUCGCUCGAUCCAGACCUAGCUAGCCAUGGAGUACAAGAGAUCGUCGCAUGUGGAGGAGGACGACGAUAUGGAGGAGGAGGACGAGAUGGAGGAGGAUGAUGAUGAAGAGGAGGAGGAAGAAGAAGAUGAGGAGGAGGAGAUGAAAGGCCGCCAUCAUCAUCACCAUCAGCAUCACUACGCAGCGGCAGCACCGGCGGCCACGGGCGGCGCGCCGCCGCCGCACCAGCACGCCCAUGGCCAUGUGCUUGUCUCGUCUGCUGCUGCUUCCUCUCCAUCCUCGUUGCUGGAGUCCGCGGCUUUCUCCAGGCCCCUCCUGCCUCCCAACUCCUCCCUCAUCUCCUCGCCGCCCGGCUUCCUCUCGCCUCAUGACCACCACCACCAUCAGCAGCAGCAGCAGCCUCAUCGGAGAAGGGGAGAGAGGGAGAGGGAGAGAACGGUGGAGUCAACUGGGGAGCAGCAACGGCAGCGGCAGCAAGAACCGGCCAGAAAUGGCGUUCUGGGCGGUGGAAGUGGCGGCCCCAUGCCGCCCCCGGCAGCGCCUGCCGCGCUCGCCCUCGUGACCGGCGGCAGCGCAGCCGCGGCGGGGGAGCCGUUGCCGUGGAGGUACAGGGAGUGCCUGCGGAACCACGCGGCGCGGCUGGGCGCGCACGUGCUCGACGGCUGCGGCGAGUUCAUGCCGUCAUCGGCCCCCGGCGAAGGGUCCGCCGCGGCAGCGGCGCUGGCCUGCGCCGCGUGCGGGUGCCACCGCAGCUUCCACCGCCGCGAGCCGGUGGUGGCGGCGGCCUCGCCGUCGCCCUCCCCCGCCUCUGCCGUGGUGUCCCCCUCGGCUACCCCCCGCGCCGGCGCCGGCGCCGGCGCCAACCCCAACUCCCGGCUCAUCCCGCUGCUCCUGGCCCCGCCGCACAUGCAGCAGCAGAAGCGCCCGCCCGUCGUCGUCCCGGGGUCGUCCCCGAUGUCCGCCCCCGCCGCGCUGGCCGUGGCCGAGUCCUCGAGCGAGGAGCUGCCGCGACCGCCGCCGCAGCAGCAGCAUCCGCCCCACGCGCAGGCGGCGGCCAUGGCGGGGUCGGCCUCGGCGCCGGCGGCGCCGGGGAAGAAGCGGUUCCGGACCAAGUUCACGCCGGAGCAGAAGGACCGCAUGCUGGAGUUCGCGCACCGCGUCGGGUGGCGCAUCCACAAGCCCGACGGCGGCGCCGUCGACGCCUUCUGCGACCAGGUCGGCGUCUCCCGCCGGGUGCUCAAGGUGUGGAUGCACAACAACAAGCACCUCGCCAAGACCUCGCCCUCGCCCUCGCAGCCACUGCCCCCACUCCACCAUGACCCUCCUCCUGCUCCUCACCACCACCAUCACCACCCAGCACAGCACCACCAGCAGCAUGACGCGUGAGCAGGCGAGUAGCAGCAGCAGCAGCACAUUGCGAGAGGAUGCAUUCUAGUCAUUAGCCAUUGGUUUUUUUUAGUCUCUUCUCUUCUUCUCCCGUGUAAUUUCAGUGACCUCCUUGUUGUCAAGUGUUAACUCAUGCAUCGCCGGCGGGUUACUUAGGGAGUAGAGUAGUAAUGUGAGGCAGGUGACCAGCUGAGGCAUGCAUUCAUCCAUUCCUCUUGCUCAUUGCUCUCUUUGGAUAAAUAACAGUCUUAGGUUAACAUGCUGAGAGCCAAAUGCUUCUUGCUUAGGUCUUACAACAAUCAGGUUCCUUAAUAAGCUCUCUUUCUCUCUCUCUCUACCCCCAUGUCCCCCUCUGUCGCUUUAUCUCUGCUAGUGCAUGCACGGCUGUGCUUGUAAGAAAUGUAGCAGCAGACUUGCCAAUGCACUCUUCUUGGCUUGGGCACUCCUUGCUUUUUGACUUUGCCUUUUGGGUUUGUUGGAUUCCCUUUGGCAGGGGCAUUGUGCUGUGCAUUGCUGCAUGGCAUUGGGAAGAGGGUCCCGUUGUUGGGAAUGUACUUAGGCAUGGGGGUUUGUCAUUUGGUGUGCAAAGUACAAUUAAGGGGGUCAUUACAGGAAGGUUUGUUCCUGGCUUCUAAGCUUCUGUGCUAGGUUUCUGUCUUGAUGGGGUGGGGGACCAUCUCUGCCUGCUGAUAACCUCCUUUCUUAAGUGUUCUUUGCAGCUUUUUGGGGGGCAAUUUUGUUUGAGCUACUUCUACCUUCUGCCAAAGUUUUUUUUUCCUUUUUUUUUGUGGCUUCCUUAUUUCUGUGGUGGUGUCAACUGUCAAGUUGUUGGUCUUUGGCCAGAAGGCAAGCGCAUGUGAGAGUGGACUGUUGUGUCAGAAGGUGAUCAAGGAGAAAGAAGACCUGUGUUUUGAGUGUGUAUGUUGGGUGGAUGGCAGUGUAGAGUGAAUGAUGAUAUGUACAUGUCGGCAGUUGAAGGCUUGCAAUAGAGCCAUUCACUUUGCAUUUGGUGUGGCAAGGAGAAAGAUGUGUUUGGCAAUGACACUUCAUCUCAUCGUUUGUUUUUAUGGUCACCAACAUGGUGAUAUAUACUUCUGUUUCCAUCUCCAUAGUCCUUCUGAAUAGAGAGUAUCUUAAAUGACAUGUGUUUCAAGUGUAUUCUGGAAGGGAAAAGGACUGAUCAGGAGUUGAUUUC